CCGUCCCUUCGGCCUUCAUUCGCACUGCGACACAUCCAUACAGCAGACGACAAACAAGCAAACGUAUCUCAGCAUCCAUUUAGGACAAAGUUCAGCAGCAGAAGGCACGUAAACAAACACACCAACAACAGCUGCAUAGCGAGAUAAAUGUACUCGCCAAAUAGGACCACCCCAACUGGCGGCGACAGCAAGGACGAUAGAGGCGGUCAGGACUCUCUACUCCAACCCAUUGACAGCAUGGCGUCCAUGGCCAAAUUGGAUCAAUCUUUGGCCGCAGCAGUAGCAGAAGUAGCACCACCAUCGCCACCACCAUCGCUUGGCCCAGCCCAUUCCUUUUUUUCCGAGGCGAGUGCUUUCACUUUAGUUUCAAUUUCUUCAUCUGCAGUAGGACAAGAAACUGGACCAAUUUUUCAGGAGGAGAAGAAGGGCGUGACCGCAGCGACGAUGGCAAUGACGGGUGACAAAGAGGAGAUCAUGCACCACAAAUCGACUUCAUCGUCAUCAUCAUUGCCAGAGAAGGAGAAGGUAGGGGAGGGGGAGGAUGGGCCACCGACGGAUGAGUUUGGGAGUGAGACUUCGCCGAUUCCGGAGGUUGCGGCGGUGGUGUCGAACACGGAUGAUCCGUUGAUCCCGUGCAUGACCUUCCGGUUCUGGGUCAUGGGGCUGAUCUCCAUAUUUGCAUUGGCCUUUGUUAACCAGGUAACAGAUUCAUGAAACGAGCUCGGGGUGAUGAUGAAAAUAAAAGGCGCCGAUAGGGAUAAGGUUGAUGAAUGUUUGGUGGUACAAAGAAGAGGAGGAGACGACGAGUGCACGGACAUACCCUAACCUUGAUCUUUUACCUCCGUCUUUUCUUAUAUAUAUUUUUAUAUCUUUUCCUGUCAC